CUGAUGGUUUUCAAGGGGUUAAUAUCAAGAUCAAUGCUCCAAAUUUUAGAUAUUAUAAAUAUAAUGGAUAUCUAAAAUACAAGAAUAUUUUGAGUAAUACAUUGUCCCCGGUCAAAGCAUGGGUUCUCAUUAGUAGUCCCAGAAAUACAAGAAUGGAAGUCGCAUCUCGAGCUCUUGAUCUACUCAAGCAACUUCAAAAUAUCAUGAUGUCUUUGACAUUAUGUGAUCUAACCUUGGAG